ACGCGCUAGUCGCUAAUUAAAGUGCCACCACCUGCCUGACCCUGCGACCGCGUCUCAACCCAUCGCGUUGCCAUUCCAUAAACUCCCCCUCUCGUCUCUCGACACCGUCAUCCACAAAAGUCGGUCUGCUGGAAGAAUCGAUAUUACCUCCUACCUCCCCUCCGCCGAGAAAGGGAGCGGCUGAUUCGAAGCCCAUUCUAUAAAGUCUGUCUGAGGGUUCUUUUAUCAGGCAUCGACUCCUUUCGUCGGAAACCCGUGUACGUCGUAUUGUAUACCUUUAGUCAGAGGUCUCAACAAGUAGGGCUUUCCCAAGCUGCUAUAACCAUGCCACCCGGGGUGCGAUCAUAUAGGUCGACGGCCGCUCCUCCUCAGCAACAACUGUUCCCGCCCCGCCGACGACAUGUGAAGACAUAUGGGCGCACCAGGGCCGCCCACCCAAACCCAAGACAGAGUACCCUGACCCAGAUGGAUUUUAUGUCAUCACCCAUGCCAGAGGAGCCUCUUGCGGAGACGGAGGACGAAGAGGAAAAGGAAACCGACAUUGAAGAGCCUGCGGAGGAUACAAAACCCAAGAGGAAGGGUCGGGCCCUCCGACGAAAGACUACAGGCGAUGAAUUAGUCACAGGCGAGAAACCGAGAGACACCAAGAGGCGGAAAACACUGGGGGAUGCCCCAAGCCCUAUCCCAUCUAGUAAUUUCCACACGCAGACCUUGACACAGUUCCUCUCCGCAAAAGAGGAGGAGGAUGACACCGCCUGGCAAGUCGAGGACUCCGAAGUUGAUGAUGAUCUGGAUUUCGUCAUGGAGACCCCGAGGAAGCCAGAGACCCAGGCGCCUUCCAAGACUGAUGAGUCCAAACCGGAAAAGAAAGCGGGAGCUCAGUCUUCGACCCCAUCCCCAAUCCCAUCCGUGACUCCGACCAACCGUCGGACGAAGGCUGUGAUUCCGUCUUCUCACACGCCAACAACACCAAUGUUGAUGCGUUACAGCCCAGCACCGCACGAUUCGCCUCUAACGGCGAAGUCAACCAACGUCGCAGCACUUUCUCCAAUUAUAAAGAGAGUGCAGAAGACCCCAGGAGACCGAGUCAUUCCGGAUUCGUACAGCACCGCUCAUAGCUCCCUGGCCACGCCCACCCCUAAAUCUGUUGCCAAGGCCACUUCCGGGAGGAGGAUACGCUUCCAGCUACCCGAAGAUAAAGAAAACAUCACGCCAGGGCGCACGAAGCCUAAGUCUCCGAAGCCACUGAGAAAGACCCCGGGACGGCCGCCCCUACGUGAGGUUCCCGACUCAGACGACGAUCUGGGCGUGGCUGAAGACGAUGACGAUGAGGAAACCGCGGGGGAUGAUGCAAACGUGCCAACAAAGUCAGGGGAAGGCCAUGGCAUACUAUCGACAGACGAGCCCGAGGAACCAGAAACUUACUACGGUGUUAUCGGCGACGAAACGCAAGCCCAGCUACUUUCUUCAAACGGCCAGCUCGGCCUCGACUUUGGUGGUGUUGGCGAGAUUUCAGAGUCGAGCCGGUCACGAUCGGUUACCCCCACGCCCAAGCCAAAGGAAACACCCAGAACUGCCCGGUCUAGUAGUAUAACUGCAUAUCCUUCGGCUGCCGUAGUAGAACAACCGCCCUUGUCUUCUCCACAGAAAGCACUACCAUCCGAGAAGAACACGGAGAGGCCAGAGACUCAAUUUUACACGCAGGGGCCCGAGAGCCAGCGGCUCCCCUUGAGCGCUAUCAAUGCUCUCGGCCCGCAGACGCCAAACUCCGAUAUUCUGGUAUCCCUCCACCCCGAGCCCUUGGCGAAGAUCCUUGACCGUACAAAAGACCACGAGUUCAGGUCCUGGAAGAUACCGCCUAGCGUGUGUCGCGUUUGGAUCUAUUCGACUAGACCAUUCUCGGAGUUAAAGUAUAUGUGCGUCCUCGGCCCCCCCAAAACACCUGGCGAAAUCCAGGGCGAGAAGGGGAUCGGGAACGCAGAGUUCAACGGAGGGAAGACGGUGAUGAAAUACGCGUACGAGAUACUCCAGGUGUAUGAGCUGAACAACCCGGUCUCCCUGGAUGAAAUGAAGAGGAAGGGCUGGGUAGCCGCGGCUCCGCAGAAAUAUACCUGGGUUCCUCCUGCGGUCGUCGGGGAACUCACAGCGAACUUGAAGUGUGCUUUGUUCGGCGCAGAAGGAGAAGAGGCGCACGAAGCAGACGCUACGGUGGUGCCGAGCAGUCUGGGCACUACUGUCUCGCAAGAACUCGAAGCCCAGCUUCAGGGCGACCUAGAUUACUCGACUCAACAUCCGUCGGCGGAGGAGGAUGCGGACGAGGUGGUUCCUUCGAGCCAGUCACCCCUCAAGUCGACUCCCAAGAGAACCCGGUCUAGAGGUGGCGGCCACCCCUUUACGAGACCUGCAAGACCUAGUUCGAGCCGACGCCCCGGACCUGCUUCCCAGGCAGCUCCCGCUCCCCCGAGCCAAAGACGUGACAGUUUCGUAAGACCCUCGCAGGCCACCACGGUCAGCAGCCCGGCGGUGUCCCCAGAGAUGUCACUUCCUCGAGAGACGGCUCUGUCCCGCGAGCCGUCGGCCAGCGUCCUACACAGCAGCAGCCCGGCACCCUACCGGAGCACGCGCCACUCCUUGAGGUCUUCUCAGUUCCUCACCCGGAGCCAGAUGCUGCCGGACAGCCUGGUCAAUGACGAGAUUCAGGAGCCGCCGCCCAUAAUAUGGGAUUCGGCAGAUGAGCAGUCUGACUAAUGGGCGGCAUCAUCGGCUAUCCUGCGGUUUUCAUAAGGCGGUUGUUGUACGUUAGUGGGAGAUGGUGUACGGUCAAUGGCUUGGGCGCAGCAGAAGGGCCACCAGUGUUGUUGCGGGUCUGGGCGGUACUCUCGAUCGGCUAUAUCAUGUGGCUAAGGUCGCUAGGGGCGCAUGCAUCAUGAGAAAGAGGUGGGCGGUUAUGAAGUGUAUAAUAGCGCGCUUGUCUCCAACCUUUGCCGUUCCUAGCUUGUUGCUCAGUCGUUCU